UAUGAGGUGAGAGGCCAGAGGAGCAAGGGACAGGUAAUGGGAAGUGAGGCUCCAGUCGCUCUCUGCAUAUCAGCACAGGUGAAGCCUGAGCACUCCAAUGGCCAACACCACAGGGCUGAUCGUCACCGAAUUCGCAGGCUCGGUAGGCUUGUUGCUGGCUGUUCUCGUGGAAGUGGGGGCCCUACUGGGCAACGGGGCACUGCUGGUUGUUGUGCUGCGCACGCCAGGACUGCAAGACAUGCUCUACCUGGUGCACCUGUGCAUCGUGGACCUGCUGGCAGCCACCUCCAUCAUGCCGCUGAGCCUGCUGGCCGCGCCCCCUCCAGGGCUAGGCCGUGUACGCCUGGGCCCCGUGCCGUGCCAUGCCGCACGUUUCCUCUCUGCGGCGCUGCUGCCCGCGUGCACGCUCGGCGUGGCCGCCCUCGGACUGGCGCGCUAUCACUUCAUCGCACAUCCGCUGCAGCCAGCUGGGCGGCCGGCUCCCAGACUUGUGCUCACAGCCGUGUGGGCCACCGCCGGGCUCCUGGGUGCUCUGUCCUUGCUUGGGCCGCCGCCCGCGCCGCCUCCCGCGCCGGCGCGCUGCUCCGUCCUGGUGGGAGGCCUUGGGCCCUUCCGGCCACUCUGGGCGCUGCUGGUCUUCGCACUGCCAGCUCUCCUACUGCUCAGCACCUAUGGCAGCAUCUUCCUCGUGGCGCGCCGCGCCGCCCUGCGUCCCCCUCUGCCCUCACGCGGUGUCCGGCUGCGCUCAGAUUCUCUGGACAGCCGCCUGUCCUUCUUGCCGACCCUCCGGCCUCGCCUGCCCGGGGGCAAGGCGGUCCUGGCCCCAGCUCUGGCCGUGGGCCAGUUUGCAGCCUGCUGGUUGCCUUAUGGCUGCGCGUGUCUGGCACCCGCAGCGCGGGCUGCAGAGGCUGAAGCGACUGUCACCUGGGUGGCCUACUCGGCCUUUGCUGCUCACCCCUUCCUGUAUGGCUUGCUGCAGCGCCCUGUGCGUUUGGCGCUGGGCCGCCUCACCCGCCGCGCUCUGCCCCAGGUCCCGCAAGCCUGGCACCCUCAAGCACUCCUGCAGCGCCUCAAAGGACCCCCAGAGGGCCCCGCCCUAGGCUCCUCUGAGGCACCCCUGCAGGCCCGCGAAUUGGCAGGAGGACUGAGCCUGAGCCUGCCAGAGACCACUUGAGAGCUCCCUUUCCCGACUGGAGAAAGGAGGGUGCUAUCAGAGGGGACCCAUCCCACCUCCUGCACUCGUGGCAGCAGGUGCUCAGCCUGGACUUUUGGCUCUGAAAUGGGAGUUUGUCUGCAGUCUGGCAAGGCCCAGAGACAUCUCAGGAAUCCUGGGUGCUGGGCCAAACAUUGCACAGCUGUGUGCACAACCUACUCUCCCGAGACCUGUUUCCCCAUCAGUACCCUGCACCACCUCUGAGGGCCCCUCCAGCACAGGUUGUGAAACUCAUGGAUGGUCCCCAAGUCCAGGGAGGACAGUAGGUGGCAGGGCCCACAGCCAAAGUGAUGACCAAGCAGGGAAGGGUCUGGGGUAUAGCCACAGUAGGAGAAACCAGGGGAGAAACACCCAGAAGGACUUCCCUGACAUCUGAAACAGGGAGGGGCUGGACAAAGCUACUGAAACAUUCAAUCUACUUUUGCAAUGUCCAGGAGACAAC